AUGGCUGACUCCGAGAGCCCUUUGUCCUCAAUACCUUCAUAUUUCCGCGAAAAGCCUAGUAUCGUGGAUAGCCUUGAGACGGAAACCUCAAAGCUCCAAGACGCCACUCUGAAAGAAUGCCUGCCGCUCUUGAGAGCACUAGCUGAUCCCAAUCGCAACCCUUUUGACUUCAAUGCCUUUGGCAUUCCAGCCUUGGAACGCGAAGAUCAUGUUAGCUUUCUUCACGACAAUCUUGAGGAAUUCCCUGCACCAUUUGUCGGCAUAGAUGCUAGUCGGCCAUGGAUGGUCUAUUGGGCUUUAGCAGCGCUUUACAUGCUAGGAGAAGAUAUAACAUCUUUCCGGUCGAGAGUCGUCAAAACAUUCUACCCCGCUCAAAAUAAGACCGGAGGUUUCGGUGGAGGCUACGGCCAUUACUCACAUCUUGCUGGAACCUAUGCCGCUCUACUCAGUCUUGCCUUGGUGGGAGGUGAAGAGGCCUAUAGUCUUGUCGACCGUAGUGCCAUGUGGCAUUGGCUGGGGAGGCUUAAGCAACCGGAUGGUGGAUUUCGAGUGACAGAGGGGGGUGAAGAAGACGUGCGUGGCGCGUACUGUGCCUUGGUUGCCAUAUCCCUUCUCGAUCUCCCACUUACUCUCCCACCUGAGUCGCCUGCUCGGGAAGCUGGAUUGGAAACGUUCUUCGAUGGCCUCGGCGAAUACCUCUCAAGAUGCCAAACGUAUGAAGGGGGGAUAGGAAGUUCGCCGGGGAGUGAAGCACAUGGAGCAUAUGCAUUCUGUGUUGUCGCAUGCUUAUGCCUCUAUGAUGCACCCCAUAGAGCAAUAUCAAAGUACCUUGACAUGGACACCCUUCUAUGGUGGCUUUCCACACGGCAAUACGGGCCUGAAGGAGGACUUGCAGGACGGACCAAUAAACUCGUGGAUGGCUGCUACAGUGGCUGGCUUGGAGGAUGUUGGCCUCUGGUCCAGGCCGCUUUGAGCGGUCCAAAACAAUCUAACCUGGCAUCUGAUGCUGUUAUCAAGCAGAAUCUCUACAGCAGCGAAGGCCUGGCCAGAUACAUUUUGUCGUGUUGUCAGGGUCAACAUGGCGGGCUUCGUGACAAGCCAUCCAAGUGA